UACGGAGGGGCGGCCCGGCGAUGGCAGCGGUACUCGGGCGAUGAGCGGGGAGGUUUCUCAGGCGGAGGGGAUAGGCUCCGGCGGCCCGGGGAUAGGUUUACCCGCCGGUAUGGAGCCGGAGUUGGAGCUACUGUCCGCAUCUCCGCGGUCGGUACCGGGGGGAGGCCUCUUCGGGUGGCUGCGCGGGCGCAGCCUGGGCCGCAGCGCCGCCGUGGACCCGGCGCGGGAUACCUUCCGCGCCAUGACCGGGUUAUACGGUUCCAUCCAGCCCGCCGACUCCGUGUACCUCAGUACCCGCACGCACGGCGCCGUCUUCAACCUCGAGUACUCACCCGACGGGUCAGUGUUGACUGUUGCUUGUGAACAGACCGAAGUACUGCUUUUUGACCCGAUAUCUUCAAAGCACAUCAAAACUCUCUCUGAAGCUCAUGAAGACUGUGUAAAUAAUAUCAGGUUCCUAGAUAAUCGACUGUUUGCGACUUGUUCUGAUGACACUACAAUAGCACUUUGGGAUUUGAGAAAGCUGAACACGAAAGUGUGCACUUUACAUGGUCACACCAGCUGGGUUAAGAACAUCGAGUAUGAUACCAAUACGAGAUUACUAGUAACAUCAGGGUUUGAUGGAAAUGUGAUCAUCUGGGACACAAACAGGUGCACAGAAGAGGGAUGUCCUCACAAGAAGUUUUUUCAUACCCGUUUUCUUAUGCGAAUGAGGCUGACACCAGACUGUUCCAAAAUGUUGAUCUCGACCUCCUCUGGAUAUCUUCUGAUUUUGCAUGACCUUGACCUAAACAAAUCUUUAGAGGUUGGCAGCUACCCAAUUUUAAGAGCUAGGAGGACUACAUCAAGUUCAGACAUAACGUCAUCAGGUUCGUCUGGUCCUCGAGCUGUCGGUUCACCGUGUCACCAGAAUGAUUCAGGCCCACUGUCUGAGAAACAUAUGUCACGGUCCUCCCAGCGAGAAGGUGGUUCACCUAGAAAUAGUUUGGAGGUCUUAACACCAGAGGUUCCUGGAGAAAGAGAUCGAGGCAAUUGCAUUACAUCACUACAGCUACAUCCAAAAGGGUGGGCUACGCUUCUUCGGUGCUCAAGUAAUACAGAUGACCAGGAGUGGACUUGUGUCUAUGAAUUCCAGGAAGGAGCCCCUGUGCGCCCUGUCUCGCCUCGUUGUUCCCUGAGAUUGACUCAUUGCAUUGAAGAAGCUAAUGUGGGCCGGGGUUACAUCAAAGAACUUUGUUUCAGUCCUGAUGGCCGGAUGAUUUCAUCCCCGCAUGGCUUUGGGAUCCGCUUGUUGGGGUUUGAUGCACACUGCAGCGAACUUGUUGACUGUUUGCCCAAAGAAGCCAGUCCCCUGAAAGAAAUCCGUUCCCUCUACUCUCACAAUGAUGUGGUACUGACAACCAAAUUUUCUCCAACACACUGUCAGAUUGCCUCGGGGUGCCUUAGUGGACGUGUUUCUCUGUAUCAGCCAAAGUUCUAGGCACAUAUUGCAUCAACAGGACCUUCAGAUGUUUGUGGUUUUUACUUCAGUUUAGUUGAAGUGUGUUCUUUCUGAAAUAUCUAAAUCCAGAUAAGAUCAUAGUUACUAUGAUCUCUGAACACAACAGUGGAACAAGUUCCCAGCCCAGCACUGUAUGCAUUCUCAUACUGCAUCCACAAGUCCGCUUCCAUGUGCUGUGUUUUCAGACCUCUGCUCCUGCUGAUCCUGUGCCAUUGAGUCAUUGUUCUGGUUUGUUUGUACCAUGCUACUUGUUGAUAAUUUCCUUCAAUGCAACUUGAAGUGGGCUCUUUGAAACAAAUAUAGAGGGGGCAAGGGUAGCAGUCCAGCCAAAACUCUCCCAAGCUCUCCAGGUAUGACACCUUGUUCCAAAGGAGCUAGACUUCCUCAUGUAUGCUUCUUUGGCAGUUUCUGUUGCUGAAACUACUAGACGGUGAUUAUUAGAUGAUGAGCUGCUUUGCUGUGUAACUAACAGAAUUAGUUACUGUCACAAAAAGAAAAGAAAGUUUUGGUUUUGUUUAUAUAUUAAUUUGGUUGCUUGUGAUUGGCUAGAAAAAUGAGUUGAUGUUCUGUAACGUUUUGCUGCAGUUAAAACAUUUUCUUUUCUGUGAUUGCAUAUAUUGUGUUUAUUGCCAGAAGGAAGAGGUUCUGGAUGGAGAUGUAGCUGCAUUUUUUCCUCAGAGAAUUUACUAGGAAAAGACUGGGGCAGGGAAGCAGGAGUUGAAUGGCUAAAGACUCUGCCCUGUAACCACUGCAGACGAACAGUUUGGAUGUUUUGUACAAUGGGGAUGUGUCAGCCUUUCUUGGGCAACUUUGACUCCUCAGCCACCAGGGUUUCUGUUGUAGGGAGCUUUCUGCAUUAGUAACACAAACCUUCAUCCCACGUUUGAAACAAAAUGGCAGAAUUUUCUGCUGAUGUUAAGGCUAUUUCCCACCUGACUGUUCUUCCACACCUCGCCUGCACCAUUGCCGUGAGAGGAAUUCACCUAGGAUGUGUCCGUACUAUCACCAGAUAAGCCUUUCUUCACAUGUACUGUCAGUUUGGGAAUGGAUUAAAAGCAUGCCUGUGUACAGUAAGAUCUAUUUGGAUUUAACUGGGCUGAUUGUAAGAUGUAAAAAAAGUUAAUGUUCACCAUUAAAUCACAUAUUAAGCGUGAAUGCUAAGUUUUGCACCUCAAGUUAAUAUAGCUAACCUCGUAAAUGCAGUUAUUUCAGUCUCAUAUGUCCAUAUCAGUUUAUAAUAUUCUCAUCACUUACAUGUUCCAAGAUUUUUUUUUUUUGGUAUUUCACUAAGGUUUUGCUGACCAAUCACACUCAAUUCAGCAGGAGGCUUUACCUAAAAAGGAGUGUCACAUUUUGGUGUUCAGAUUCACUAUCUCCAGCUCAACAGAGCAUGCUUUUUAAAAGCUGACUCUUACAAAGCCUUUUGCAAAGUGUGUGGGGAAAAAGAAGACAUCUGUGAAGAUGAGAUAGCCAGAAGUACUAAGCCUGAUGAUCCUCUUGUAGUUUUGAAUUUGUGUGGGUAGCAUACUCUGGGAGUUGGUGAAGUCAUUGAAACUUAAGGCUCUUAUGCAUUAUGAGAAAAAAAUCUUAAAUUUCCUCUUUUGGAGAAUUUCUUUAGUAAUACAAACCUUCAAUAUUGGGUUAUUUGGUACUCUGAGGACUAGUUAUUUACUCCUGCAUUGGGUUUUCAUCAUGUCUAGCAACUGACUGCUAAAGGACUACAUUUAAGUAGUUUAAGUAUGCGCAGCUGACAGGCUUCCUACUGUUUGGUAAAAGUCCUAAACUUUGUGUUCUCAUGGGUUUUUUAAUGGAAUUAUUUGGUGAUAGUGUCUCAGUAGAAUAUCGUCCCAGCUAGAGGAAGAAUAGUAAUUUAAGUAAAUAUACUCAGUUAACUUAAAAAGCAAAUAAACACCCAUAGUCUUCUCAAAUAGCAACUCAUGGGUUGAAAUGUUCCAUAGCAUAUCUUGUGAGCAAUUCUAUUGUUGCUGAAACUAUUGUCUUGAACUCAAAGGUAGACUGAUGUAAUCAUAAAUGAAGAAAGAUGCCCUGUUUUCUAAAACACUGACUCUUAAGUUCAAACACUUGUACCUUUUGAAUGCUUUUGGAACUAUGUGCAAGGAACAAGAUUCAUAGAGAUGUAUUUUUUCACUUUAAGUUAAUUGGCCAAGCCAUGAAAAAUGGGGCCUAGUGACUGAAUGAAUAAAACAUGCAAAUGUAUCUGAGACUAGUUGGAAAUACAUCACUUGCCUUGGCACCCAGCUCCUUUUGCGUGCAUAUAACAGCCUGUGAACCUGAACCUACAUCUGGGGCAGCUUGGAUCUGUUGGUUUGUUAGAAAGAGUUCGGGGGACUUCCCUCAGCUGUGACUUAAAGCAAUAGAAAUGAAGUGUGCAGAAAGCUUGAGGACAAUUGUGGAAUACAAGGUUUUUAUGCAAAAGAAGAGCUGAGCUUCAAGUUUUUAAUUGGCCAAGCUGUUUGGGGAGUUGGGGUGGGAAAUGAACAAAAAAACCCAGUAGCAGCAUGUGGCAAAACUUCUGGAUACUGUGUUCUUGACAUUAGUCUAAUGGAAGUGCUAAGUUUCCUGUUCCUCAAGUAUUUUGAAACAGAAUGCAGUGUGACUGUAUGAACACUUGCAUUUCUCUGCACUCCCCUCCAUAAAAAUUGUGGCCUUUUAGUAAUAAAGAAACAGGUUCUCCCCUGUCCCUGUACUGGAUCAUAAUGGCUUUUUCCCUAAGCUCUCACUCUCCCUGCUUCUAGGCUGCUGUUUUCUCAUCUUAAUGUUUUACUAAAUGUCAUUAAAGGGACUACAGGUAACAUCUUAGAAGAAAUCUUACUGUUCUCAUAGGCUUGAACUGUGUUGGUUUUGGCGGCGAAGAACCACCCAUGAAAUCAAAGCAGUUCUGUUUGUUUUCAUGGCUGGUUUUGUUUUUUCCCGUCAGAAAUUCCUUGAACUGGUAGAUUGCUUAUGACUUUAAUUCUAUGCCUGUUAAUGUGCACUGAGUGUUACUUUUUUAAUUCUACCUCAUGAUACGCUGUUUUUUACAAGAGUAUUGUUCUGAAGCAUUGGACACUAACUUUCCUGUAUAAAAAAACUGUUACUCCAAAGUGACAUGUCAUCCCAUCUAGAUACUACCUGCAAUGCACAGCACCAAGAGCAGUGGGUUGACCAGCCCUGCCCAGCCCUGGAGACCAGGGCCACUGAGCAGGAGUGUAGGACUGAUGCUAAAAGUUGACCUGGUUAAGCGGUUUGAUGACAACAUUGAUGUUUUUGUAGCAAGUCUGGCAGAUGUGUAUUAAGAUGGAUUCUGUCCAUAUAUGCUGUAGAAAUGUUACUUAGUUCUUCUGAUUACAUUUGUAAUAAUUUUGAAUUAGAAUAAGUAGGUAAUCCUAGAUUUUGAUCAUUUGAUUACUCCUUUUCAGCAAUACUUGGAAAUUUUCAAUGAAAGUUAAUCUAUUUUACCUAUGAAGUUCACGUAACGCUUACUGAAACACUAUUCAAUAGUUUGUAACUGAUACGCCUUGCAGUUGCAUCUUGGUGGAAAGAGUGAUUUUCGGUUGUCUUUCUGAAUGGUAUUACCUUGCCUUAUUGAACUAUGAAGUAAUUUGUUGGUGAGCUUUGGAUUAUUUCUAGAUAUUAAAAAAAAAAAAAGGUUUAUCUUACUGUUACAUUUCAAAAGAUUAAUUCUUAACCUUCCAUAACUAUAUAAAACUGUCUGAACAAAUACAAGAAAAUGUUUAAAAUGGUAGAUGAAAGACUGCACUAACAGCAAAGUAUGGUAGUGGCUUAUACCAGAGGUUUCUUUAAAUUGGUUUACUUUUGACCACUCAAGUGUUACAUCACUUGGUAAAUUUUACAGUAUUUCUACUGAAAAUAGAGCUCUCCAUUUUAUUGUAAAGCAUGCAAUAUGUUUUUUAAAUGCAUGGUUUCAUAUCCAUUAACUUCUGUAAUAAAAGAAUUCCUCCAUUCACAGCAUGGCUGACCAGCAGAAGCAGAUAAACUGCAUAAUUAAGAUCUCUAUAGGAAUGUAAAUGUAUAGCAGUGUCUACAGGAACCAAACUGGUGUUUGAAGCUAGUAAUCCUUUUGUAAUAGUCCAGUGGCUGUGUAUUGUGGGAGUAAAUGCAUUUUCUGAGUA